AAAUUAAAGUCAGCAAAUUGGAGGUGUGCGAUUUCCAUUUAUGAACGCAGUUUUACCAUUGAGAAUAUGGCCAUACUAGGAAUUAUUUUAUAUUGACCGGAAAUGCGUGUUACAAUUUCAAUUCAUCAAUAUUCAAUAUACCAAUAUCAUCAUGCGUAUCAAUGGGAAAUUGUUACUCAUGGAGUUGCUAUAUAUAUAGAUAGAUAGAUAGAUUUAUGAUACCGUAGCAUUCUCCCAUAGAAUUUGAAUGGCUGUGAAAAUUGUAGAGAGCCACACCGUGUCGCCGUCUUCCGGCGAGCAUACGCUGCUCCCACUCUUAUAUUUCGACUUGAUAUGGCUCGACUUCGUUCUCACCGAGUCUUUCUAUGUGUACCCCCUCAAAUGCUCCGAAUCUCGUUUCUUGGAAACCAUAGUCGUCAAUCUCAUACAUUCAUUAUCUCUCACUCUCAAACAUUUCCUUCCACUUUCAUCCAAAAUCAUCUUCCCCCUCUCCUCCGCCGCCAUGCCCGUUUCCCGCUACACCAACGGCGACUCCGUCUCCCUCACAAUCGCCACAUCGGAUGAUGACUUCUCCUACGUAGCGUCCAACCGUCCCAAGGCUGCGGACGGACUCCACCAUCUGGUCCCACAAAUGCCGGCGGCCGUAUACUCCUCCGACGUCAUCAAAUUCAGCGCCCUCGCUAUUCAGCUCACCUUGUUUCCCAACCAAGGGAUCUGCAUCGGCUUCACACACCAUCACUCCAUUUGCGAUGCCAUCACUUUCUCCGCCUUCGUCCACACCUGGGCUUCCAUCAACAAAUCCAACGUCAUCAAAUAUCUGCCUUUCUACGGCCGAGAUUCCGUUCAAGAUUCGGGAAAACUAACCAUAGCCCAAUGGAACCAAAUGAAGGCGAAUAGGCCGACGGUUUCACCAACUCUUCCGUUGCCUUCAGAUAAAGUCCGAGCAACAUUCCACCUAACUGAUUCCCAAAUCGACAAGCUCAAGAGCUGGGUUGCGAUCAAGAAACCUUCCAUAGGCCGACCCUCUUCUUUCGUGGUGGCGUGCGCUUAUCUCUGGAGCUGCCUGGCCAAGUCGGAGGUGGACAAUGACGACGAUGAUGAGACACAAUACUUAUGCUCUCCGGUUAAUUGCCGUGGGCGGCUUGAUCCGCCCCUUCCGGAGAACUACUUCGGCAAUUGCUCGAUCCAAUUAAUUGCAGCUUUAAGCCAUGGAACACUGAAAGGGAAUGAUGGGUUUGUGGCUGCUGCGGAGGCAGUGGCGGAUGCUGUUAAAAUUGCUGUGAAAAGCACAAGAGUGUCGGAGUUCUAUGAGAAUCGAUCGGAAAUAUUCUCGAAAUUGAGCGGAAAGAGGGUGGUUUGGGUUGCAGGAUCAUCAAAGAUUGAUCAUUGUGGUGCAGAUUAUGGAUGGGGGAGAGCUGUUAAGUAUGAAUGCGUGCAUACAGACUUUAACGGAGCAGUUCAUCUUUGUAAGGGCAGACAAGGUGGAAUCGACAUGGGCUUCUCAAUGCCUAAACCUAACAUGUUUUCUUUCACCUCUAUCUUCAACAAAUACUUAUUCAUCAAUUCCAAUUUGUAAUUUUUCUAUUAAUUUUCCAAUUCAACUAAAAUUAUUUCCAUGAAUAAUCAACCAACUGCUUUAGCGCUCCCAAUCUCCAUCAUCUCCAGUAGCCUACAUAGGGCUCAAUUUCUGGUGCAGGUUCUAGCGAGAGAAAUCUGUAAAUCAAACAACCUUCAUAUUCGCUCGAAACAUAUAUAGUUAUAAAACCCAACUUCAUCUAUACUUGUACUCCCUUAUUCCACUCUAGCUAAGUGACACAUUUUAUUUUUUUUUGAA